AUGGAGGGUCAUUAUGAAGUUGUGAUCAGCUUAUCUGAGGUUGAAGCUUCAGACCUUGAAGAUGAUAAACUUCAUGAUGAUAUUAAAGCUGUAGAAAAGCAUACACCUCUUCAUUCAGCCCUAUCAGAACUUGUAGGUGAUUUUGAUGGGGAAUCUAUGUUGUUCUUGCAGCGAUUUUUUCGUACAAGAGUGAAACCUGUAGUAUCCAUAGGCUCCUUGAAACUUGAUCUUUCUCUUGGAAUUGGAGGAUUACCAAAGGGAAUAAUUGUUGAGGUUUAUGGGCAAGAGGGAUCAUGCAAGACAACACUUGCUUUGAAUAAUGCACUAGACCCACUGCUGCUUGAAACAGUUGGUGUAAAUACCAAAAGUCUUCUCAUCUCACAGCCAAAUUCUGCUGAAAAUUUGCUGAGUAUUGUUGACACUCUCGCACAGAGUGGAGGAGUUGAUGUGAUUGUCAUCAACAGUGUUGCUACACUCAUCCCACAACGUGAAAUUACAUGUGUAAUAAGUGACAAUAUCAUUGAGACACAAUCACGAAUAAUGACACGAGCACUUCGCAAGAUUCUUUAUUUUUUAUGUCGUUCAGAUACUCUUAUUAUAUUUAUAAAUCAGGUGAGAUCAAAUUUGAGAUCACGCCAAGAGGGACUUAAAGUAAAUGAGGUGACAUGUGAUGGAAACGCCUUGCCAUUUUAUUCAGCUGUUUCUGGUCUUGGUAUAUGUGUGGAGGUGGUAAAGAAUAAGCUAGCACUUGCUAUGAAAAAGGCAGAGCUAGAGAUUGAGUUUGGAAGAGGGAUAUCUCGUCGAUUCCUUAAAGAACAAGCAACAUUUAUAGUUUCUGAUGAUAUGAAAUUAACAGCUUCUCAAUCAAUAGCUACAAUUUCAAACUUCAAUGCACCUGGUGUCCCUAUUGCUGAUUUGGAGUUUCUUGAACUUUGCAUUGGUGAAAAAGAGGAAAAUGGCACAGGCAAGGAGUAUCCUUUGGAAGCUGCCCUUGAGGCCACCAAAAAUACUUUGAUUCAAGGCAGUACAAAACUCUUAUUGGAUUUCCGUGUUGUUCUUGAUCAAGAGUUGGGAUUGAUAUUGAAGCUAAGAGACAUGAUGAUUGGUUGGAUACAUGAAGGGUUUUAG